UACAGUGUCAAGUUAAGAGUGGUGAGGGACCAUUAAAUGUUGUAUGGAGCAGACAAGACAAAAGACUGUUACCAGACAGAGCAACGGUCAGUCCCAAAUAUUCUCUUACUAUCCGAAACCUAAAGAGAGAUGAUACUGGCAGAUAUUCAUGUUCUGCUACAAACAGAUACGGUGUAACAAGACAAGAGGUUGAGCUUAUCGUCAUUGCUGUUGAGAGACCAGAGAUUACAAGCAUUGUAAGACAGACUAAGUACGUAAGUAUCGUCGGAGAAACUGCUCGUCUUGAAUGUUACACCGAAGAUGAGACUGGCAGGGUAACGUUAUUCUGGUCUCGCUCUAGUGGUCUACCUUACGGAUCAUCACAAGAUAACGGUAUCCUGACAAUUCCGAAUGUUCAACCGAGCUAUGCUGGUAACUAUGUUUGUACUGGAACAGACAGAGAAAGUAGACGUGUUGGUACAGCAGUAGCCGUUCUUGGUGUGCAGAUGGAGGAAGAAAAGCUGGACAAACAGACUUGUCAGGAAGGUGCUGGUCAGUGUCAUUCAGAUGCUGUAUGUAUUGACUAUACUGAUGGUUUCUGCUGCAGCUGUGUAUCACCGGCGUUUGGAAACGGAAGGCACUGUGUUGAAACAACAAAUCCCCGCCGAAUUAAUGGUACAGUUUCCGGCAGACUAAACGGUGUGUCAUUUGAUCAGCUUGACAUGCAUUCAUUUGUUCCUUCCAAGAAAGGAAGAGUUUACACAGCUAUCAGUAGUGUACCAGACGAGAUCAGCUCAGAAAUGAUUACAUUGAACACAAUAUGUUGUGUAAUUGGAUGGAUGUAUGCGCUGAAAAGAGGACCGGGGGCAAGGAACGGUUUUAUGUUUACAGGUGGAGACUUAAACAGAACAGCUCGUAUUCGUUACCAAAACGGCGAAGAAGUUGUAAUUGAACAGAAGUACAUUUAUCAUGAAACAAGCGUUGCUAGGGAAAUCGAAAUGGAGACGGUAAUUAACGGAUAUGUUCCAAAACUUAAAUAUGGUGAGAAAAUCAACAUUGAUGAUAACAGUGAAGUGUAUAGACGAGUCAGUCCAGGUGUUAUUCGUUCAUCUUCAGAGCACACGUUUAAUGUGAACAAUGUUGCAUCGAGGUUUACGUUGGAUCAAGAAAUAAACUUUGAAGAAUGCGCUUUUGAUCCACUCAAAGACAAGAAGGACAGUCAGCGGCUAAGUGUUACCAGGACUUCUGCUUGCUAUCAGCCUAAUGAUAAAGUUGUAAGAUUUGCAAUGUCCUACAUAAUUCAGAAACGAAAACUUAAAGGACAUGAAGUACAAAAGAUAAAGACGCCGAAGACAUAGAUAAAUCAAAAAGAAAAUACUGCUAACUGCUGCUUUUAAGAUAUUUACCAUGAUAAACAUCAUCGUUUUUUUAUUAUAGUACGAACAUAUGUAAAACCCAUAGUGUAUAUAGUGUCGGAAAUUGUACUUAGUAUUUAAAUGUGAUUUUAAGUGACAUAUAUCAAUUUUUUUAAAAUAAUAUUGUGCUGCUGUUGGAACACCGUAAUUGUGUAUUGCAGUAUAACUAAUAAUCUCGGAGUUUAUACGCAUUGAAAGAUGUUCUACAACGUGACUUAAAAUGUUGACAAACGAAAGUGUGUAAUCUCUGUAUAAUGACUAAUGAAUGGAUUUAUUUUACAUCCAACAGAAAAUAAAGGCAAUACCAAAUUGGAAAAAAAUGUCUGGCAAUCAGAAUCUCUUUUUUUUAAAUAUCCAUUGUCAGCAAACGAAAUAUAACAAAAUCUAAAACAUUGUUUUACAUCUGUAUACUUUCAGUUUAUUAAAAACACAUAAUAGACAGUAUAGAACCUAGUACUUAAAAUGUACUUGUAUUUUUAUAAAUUGACUUAAUUUGAAUGGACUUGUACACGAUAUAAUGAAUACAAACUAACUCUAUCAUAUACAGACUAUUUGUUAACAUGUAAUUUAGUUGUAACUUAGUUUUGUUGAUCUAAAUACCGUAUCCGUUGGGUGCAUUCAUACUUUUGUGUUCGAUGUCCUUUUCGGAAGUUCUAUGGAAACGGAUGAGAAUAUACGAUUUCUGAUAAACUAUCUAAGAUUUUAUAUUUCUGAAAAUUAUAUCAUAAUUGAUUUUGCUGAUAACGGCUAAUUCUGAUAUUUGGCUACAUAAAGAUUAGAAAUAAUUAAAGAUAAACUA